GGCAGGGCCGAGCCCAGCGGGGCAGAGCCAAACCCAGCGGGGCAGAGCCAGAGCCGAACCCAGCGGGACAGAGCCAAACUCAGCGGGGCAGAGUCGAGCCGGCAGGGGCCGAGCCAAACUCAGCGGGGCAGAGCCGAGCCUGGUGGGGCAGAACCGAGCCGGCAGGGGCAGAGCCAAACCCAGCGGGGCAGAGCCGAGCCGGCAGGGGCAGAGCCAGAGCCGAACCCAGCGGGGCAGAGCCAAACUCAGCGGGACAGAGCCGAGCCCAGCGGGACAGAGCCAAACCCAGCGGGACAGAGCCGAUCCGAGCCGAGCCGCGGCAUCAUGCUGGGCAUGGUGAAGAACUCGCUGCUGAGCACGGUGGAGGCAUGGCCCUACCGCCUGCUGAGCAAGGGCGAGAAGGAUCAGGUCAGCUACGAGGAGAGGACGUACGAGGGCGGGAAGUUCGCGGCGGUGGAGCUGGUGGGGAAGUCGUUCGACGAAGCCUCGAAGGAAGGAGCCGUGAAGCUCCUCAAGUACGUGGGAGGAAGCAACGACAAGGGGGUUGGAAUGGGCAUGACUGCUCCUGUCUCCAUCACUGCUUUUCCUGCUGAAGAUGGCUCCUUUCAGCAGAAGGUGAAAGUCUCUCUGCGGAUCCCAAGCCAGUUUCAAGACAGCCCUCCGUGUCCUACUGAUGAAAGCAUUAAGAUUGAAGAAAGACAGGGGAUGACCAUUUAUUCCACGCAGUUUGGUGGCUAUGCCAAAGAGGCAGAUUACGUGAGCUAUGCUGCCAAGCUGAAGGCUGCUCUGGGGAGUGAUGCUGCCUACCACAAGGAUUCCUACCUGUGCAAUGGUUAUGACCCGCCCAUGAAGCCUUACGGACGCCGCAAUGAGGUCUGGUUUGUGAAGGAGUGAACAUCUGGCUCCCCGUGGUGCUGCCUUGCUCUGAUAACCUCCCUACACUAUGUUCCUGUCCUCUUUAUAAAAUAAACUAAGAAUUCAACAAAGGCAAAAAA